ACAUUGAAGUGCAGAAAAUGAAAAAGGCUGUGGAAUCCCUGAUGGCAGCAAAUGAAGAGAAGGAUCGGAAGAUAGAAGAUCUCCGGCAGUGCCUGAACAGGUACAAGAAAAUGCAGGACCCAGCAAUUCUGGCCCAAGCCACCUCCCGCAGGCCAUUUCCACUGAGGAGAAAGAAUCAGCGAUGUCUGCUGUCCAGAACCUCCACUCUUUGGACCCCUUUGCUGAUGCAACUAAGGGUGAUGACCUGCUUCCUGCUGGCACUGAUGAUUAUAUCCAUAUAAGAAUUCAACAGAAAAACGCCAGGAAGACCCUUACUACUGUCCAAGGGAUUGCUGACGAUUAUGAUAAAAAGAAGAAAUUUGCCUGCAAUGGUACUGUAAUUGAGCAUCCAGAAUAUGGAGAAGUAAUUCAGCUACAGGGUGACCAGCGCAAGAACAUCUGCCAGUUCCUGAGAGAGAUUGGACUGGCUCAGGACGACCAGCUGAAGGUUCAUGGGUCUUAAGGGCUUGUGACUCUCUGAAGCUUAAGUGAGGAUUUCCUUGCAAUGAGUACAAUUUCCCUCCCGUCCUUUCUCACAAGUUUAAAAACCUCACAGCUUGUAUAAUGUAGCCAUUUGGGGUCUGCUUUUAGCUUGGACUAGUGUAACUCCUUCAUGCAAUAAACUGAAAAGAGUCAAAAUAAAGUUAAUCUUAAUAAAAUUAUGGUGUAGCUGGAUAUGCUGGCAUAUAUAGGGAUGUGUGUAGGUAAAGAGUAGAUAGGUAGGUAAAUAGAUUGAGUGAUUGAUUGAUAGAUUUAACUUUUUUGAGAUAGGAUCUCAUAUAGCCCAGACUGGCCUUGAACUUGUUAUGUAGCCAAGGAUGAUCUUGAAUUUCUGCUUCCUGGGCUCUCAUUUCCUGACUGCCACGAUUAAAGGUACAAGUCACCAAGCCAGGCUAAACUAAUAUUUAUAAAGCCUGGGAGUUUUAAAACAAAAUUACAGUGGGAUCUUGGAAUAAAUUUGGGUUUGUUUCUUUUUUGAAACAUCUUUUGUGUCAAUGCUGUAUCAAACCUGACUCCUUCUGUUAAUACCACUGAUGGGUACUUAGUGUGGCCUGGGUACCAGGCCUUAGUUGCUUAUAGUUUGAGAUGCUGUAUUCUGUGUUGCUGAUUUUCGUAUGAAGCCAGGAAACAAUGACUCUGUUUAUGUUUUGGACUGGCCCCAUAGCUCAGCAGUACAGUGCAUGUUUAAGAAAAAGAAAAGAAAUGCCUAAGUAUGAUUCUGUGUGGUGAUAUAUUAUUUAUGAUUUAUUAAAGCUUGCC